GGGAGGACACAAACACAGGAGCUGAAAUGAGCACGCAUUGACGGGUGAGGCAUCUUUGCCACGCUCUCUCACAAGUCUUGACCGAGGAGAACACAUCCGCCGGCUCUCACUUCUGAAUGAAAGCAUGGAGGAUGAGCAGAGCAAGUCAUUGACGGCAGAUGGUACCGACCAGGAAUCGGAAGCAGCGAAUGGGUUGCUGUCGCCCGCAGAUGGCGACGAGGGAUCUUCGGCCGGACAGCAACAGCAACCUGAUGUCGACGCGGUACACAACGGCGGUGUUGCCCAUGGCGAGCUGGAGGUGGCGGCGUGCACGAGUUCCGCGCUUCUGCCAGAGAGGCCGACAGCUUCAAGCGACUCUGACGGUACGACGGGAUCGAUGUCGUUGGAGAACAACAAGGAACCGCUCAGAGCCAGUGGCAGAGGUAUUUUGCAGAUUUCACUGGAGGAUCUUUCCUCCGAACUCAGGAGGGAGGAUGUUAAGAAUUUGGAGGUGGAGGAGGAGCUGAAGCGUGCGUAUGGAAAAGUGGCGGAGAUGAGGGAGGAGCUCACAAACAGUAAAACAGAGAGGCACAACCUGGCGACGGCGAUGAGUGAGGCGAACUCAGCAAAGAUCGCUUUGGAGAGGGAGUUGCAUAUCGUCAAGACGGCGCUGGAAGAGAAGUCGAGAGUGCUGGAGGCGUCAAAUGUAGCACUGCAACAGUCAAGUGCUCUGAAUCGGAAAGUGCAGGGCGACCUUGACCGGCUGCGGAAGGAGCUAGAGAUCUCCAAAAGACAGUACAUGGGGUGCCAUGAGAUGCUGGAAAUGGUGCGGCGAUCGAAGGACGAAGCCGACGAACUGGUCGAGGAACACAAGAGAAUGCUCCAGCAGGAGAUUGAUGCGCAAAAGAGAGGAGAUGAAGACAAGGCAAGGAAGUGGAAAGCCGCACUCGAGAAUGCGGACAAGCAGCAUCGGGACGCGCUGGAGAAGAUGAGAAGUCUGCAACAGGCGCUUGACAAAGCGAGAGAAGAGCAGUUGGCGGGCGAGGAGAGGGAGACGCGUUUGCAAAGCCAGUUGGAUGCAGCAAAGCAACAACAUGCGGGUGCCGUGGAAGCUGCCGGGAAGCUGCGGCAGGCACUAAACAAGGUCAAAGAGGAACAUCAAGAGACAAUGGAAGAAGCACGCAAACUGUAUACAAGUUUGACUGAGGCAAGGGAGAAUGGGGCUAUGUCGGAGAAGCGGGCGCAGAGCCUUCAGGAAGAGGUCGAGAAAUUGCUGGAGGAGCUCGGCACCACCAAGGAAAGAGAGCGCAGCUUGCAAAAGGAAAUUGACGGCCUGCGAAAAGAGAGAGAGUCUGUGAAGGGAGAGGAGGACGGGCGGAAGCGGGUUAUGGACGAUCUGGUAACGAAGCUGGAAAUGUUGCAGCUUGCAAGAGCAGAGGCCGAGGAACGAGCUGAAAAAGCUGAACAGGACUCGAGGAUGGCGAGGGUGUCCGAGGCAAGGGCGAAGGCGAUGGCUGGGGCAGCAGAAAGCCGCAUGGUGGCAGCUAUGAAAGAGUCGGAAAUGCGACUUGCCGCGGCUGUUUCAGAAGCAGAGGGCCAAGUCGCGGCAUCUCAGAGGGAGAUGACCUUGGCCCGGCAGGCUGAGGCAAAGGCGCUAGCUCUGGUCGAAUCUCUGCGAAAAGAAUGCAACGAAGACAAGCGCAAAUACCAGCUGGCACGGGCAGAGGCGGAAGACGUAAGUGCCCUGGCAAGGAUGGCUAAAGAGGAAAUGGAGGUGACGACGCAGCGUAGCCGAGAGGCUGAGGAGAGGGCUGAGGCGAGGGCAGCAGCGUUGGAGUCCGAGCUGCGAACCGCCGAGUCCCAGGCGCGAAUCCUGAACGACGAGUUGGAGCUAGUUCGUGGUCAGAUGCGUGGUCUGAAGAUGCAGCUCGAUGCCGCCAAAGAGAGGGCAGAGGAGGAUGCCGUGAAGUAUCGCAAAUCGUGCGAAGAUGUCACUACACUCCAGGAGAAGAUGCAGGGAUUGGUCGACCGUGAGAAGAGAGCCAUAGAGAAGGCAGAGGAAGCAGAGACAGCAAAGCUGGUCGUUGAGCGGCAGUUAAGGGUGUGGAGGUCUGAAGCUGAGCCGAGGAAGAGAGGGAGCGGCCGUUUCUUUGGGCUGGACAUGGGUGAGAGUUAUUUGCGAGGCUACGAGUCAGACUCAAGUCAGUAUGGUGGCGUGGGAAAUGUGCUGCCUGGGAACAUGAGUGAGCGACAGCAGCGAAGAAGCGACAGGGGCAGGUCCGAUGGGUAUGCUCCUGUACUUGACUCAGGAAGCCUGAAGGAUUACGGGGAUAAAGGGGCGGCACUCUCGUGCUAUGUUCAUGCUUGGAAAGCAUGGACUGGCCGUAUUGGAGAGAGCUUGCCAACAAAGAGAAGAUUAGACGGACCAGAUGGAUGGAUGGAUGGAUCAGAUGGAUCAGGUGGAUCAGAUGGAUGUAUGAAUGGAUCGGACAGAUGGAUGGAUGGAUGGAUGGAUCCAUCCGAUGGAUCAGAUGGAUCAGAUGGAUGUAUGGAUGCAUGGAUGGAUCGGAUGGAUGGAUGGAUCAGAUCGAUGGAUGGAUGGAUGGAGGGAUGGAUGGAUCAGAUGGAUGGAUCGGACAGAUGGAUGGAUCGGAGAGAUGGAUGGACGGCUGGAUGGAUCGGAUGGAUGGAUGGAGGGAUGGAUGCAUCAGAUGGAUCAGAUGGAUGGAUCGGACAGAUGGAUGGAUGGAUCGGAUGGAUGGAUGGAUGGAUGGAUGGAUGGAUGGAUGGAUGGAUCAGAUCGAUGGAUGGAUGGAUGGAUGGAUGGAUGGAUCGGAUGGAUGGAUGGAGGGAUGGAUGGAUCAGAUGGAUGGAUCAGAUGGAUGGAUCGGACAGAUGGAUGGAUGGAUCGGAUGGAUGGAUGGAUCGGAUGGAUGGAUGGAUGGAUGGAUGGACGCUGAGGCGAAGGGGAGCCAAGCAUGGGUGUCUGCCAACAAGCCGGGGGCUGAUUGGGGGAGGGGGGGGAGGGGGGGGAGGAAUUGGAUGUGCAAAGCAAGUAGCAUUAUCCGUUUACUGUGCGGUAAGGAUGACUGCGCUGCGGCGGGAGCACUAGCAGCGAAAGUGGGGAUUUCUUUUGGGGUUUGAAUCAAGGAGUUGGGUGACG